AUGGAUUCUGAUUCAGCAAAACACCAUGAACAACCCUUUAAAAGAUCCAAGCUUUCUGCAGAAGAAGACAACCCACAAGAAGCCGAAGUUGAUCGAAUCAGCAAUUUGCCCGAUACGAUUCGAUGUCACAUUUUGUCAUUUCUCCCAACAAAAUUCGCUGUGGGAACCUCCAUUCUAUCCACCCAUUGGAAGAAUCUGUUUGCUUUGAUCCCAGAUCUUAAAUUGGAGUUUGACGAUACCUUACUUCUGCAUCCCUCGAAGAAAAGAAGAGUAUGGGGAGAAAAAGGGGAUGGAAAUGGUUUUCCGGGUUUUGUUGCCGGAGUUAUGAACAGGUUGAUGGAAACCGCCAGUAGCAUCCGUGAAUUCAACCUGAAAUGUUACGGAAGAUACGAAGAUGAUGACUGUUUUCUGUCUGCUGUUGAUGCUGCUGUUAGACUUCGCGUCCAAACUGUUUGUCUUAAUGUCUCAAUGAAUUCUUCCAGUAGUAAUAGGAGUUUAAUUUGUAGUCUAAAUGGCUGCACCACCUUGGUGAAGCUGGUGUUGACGAGCUGUUUGUAUUCCUCGACUCUUGUUGACCUUCCUGUGGUUUUAAAGUUUCCCAAUCUGAAGAGUUUGAUUCUUGAGCAGGUUACUAUUUCUGAUGAUAUGGAACUGCUUUUGGAUGGAUGCCCUGUACUCCAGCAGUUGGAGAUGUUUAAUUGUGACUUUGAGAUAUUUGAGGACACCUUUCGCAUCAGUGUACAUUCAUUGAAGGUGUUGACUUUGAAAUUUUGUAAUAUGUUUGGUGAAUUGCUUAUCGUCGUAGACACACCGGAGCUCGAAACUUUGUUCUAUGGUGGCUUACUUUAUGAAAGAUACUCAUUUGUGAGCAAUUUUACUCGAAUUUGUGCUCUGGAAUUAUAUGUUCUUUGGUUUGAUGGAGAGGACUCUGCUGCCGAGCUCAGUCUACCUCAAUUCCUCACUGCAUGCUCUAGAGUUGAGUGUCUAAUUUUUGGACAAUCAACAAUGGAGACCAUUUAUCGAUUGUCGCUUCCAUUGCCUAAACUUUGUAAUUUAAAGAUGUUGCGCACCCGAGUCGCUGGGAUGGGUUCAUGGAACACGUUGCGGAGAUUAAUUGAAGGUUCUCCAAAUCUUGAAAUGCUAACUAUUGACAAGGGAUCGAGCAUGAUUGAUGGCGACUAUACAUGUUUUUUGUCACCAUUUGAGGGGGUGCCUUACUGUUUAUCCUCGAGCAUUACGUGCAUAGAGAUUAAAUCAUUUGAAGCUCAAGAAGAAGAACUUAAAUUUAUUGAAUAUCUUUUGGAGAAUGGUAAAGUUCUAAAGAAGAUGGUUUUCGAUAAUGAAUUUGACUGGAAACAGAAUGAUGAUGUCUUCAAGCGAAUACUUGAGGCUGAACUAAAAUCAAAGACUUGCAAGAUUUUCGGGUAA